UCAAAAUGUAAGUUUUGUUUUUUUCUAUGAAUACAUUGGUGUCUAAUGCACCACAGCAUUCUGUAAUCUCCCUUACCCUCUAAACUUUUUGCAUCCAUUCUCUCCUCUGUUCUGCAUCUCAUUCAAUGAGUUGGUGGUGGGCAGGAGCCAUAGGAGCAGCAAAGAAAAAAUUUGAAGAAGAUGAUGUACCCCUCAAGUACCAGAGUGUGGCCCUUAUUGUUGGAGUCACCGGCAUCGUUGGCAAUAGUCUAGCUGAGAUCUUGCCCUUUGCAGACACCCCAGGUGGCCCCUGGAAGGUCUACGGUGUGGCUCGCCGCCCCCGGCCAAUCUGGCAGGCUGAUCAUCUCAUUGAAUAUAUUCAGUGCGAUGUCUCUAAUGAACAAGAAACCAUCGAAAAGCUUUCCACUCUCACUGAUGUAACCCAUAUCUUUUACGUUACUUGGACAAGCAAACCCACAGAAGCUGAGAAUUGCUUAGCGAAUGCCGCCAUGCUGCGAAAUGUUCUCAAAGCGGUGAUUCCAAAUGCGGCAAACUUGCAGCACAUUUGCUUGCAAACAGGACGCAAGCAUUAUCUGGGUUCUUUCGAGUCUUGGGGCAAGAUUAUCCCUCAUGAAUCUCCAUUCCAUGAAGAUCUUCCAAGACUUAACGCGAUAAACUUUUAUUAUUCACUUGAAGAUCUGUUGUUUGAUGAAGUGCGCAAGAGAGAAGGCUUGACAUGGUCAAUUCAUAGACCUGGAAUGAUAUUUGGGUCCUCACCGUCUAGCCUGAUGAAUUUAGUUGGAACUUUAUGUGUAUAUGCAGCAAUUUGUAAGCAUCAGGGGCUUCCGUUAAUCUUUCCAGGAGAUCGAGCUGCAUGGGAUGGGUAUUGGGAUGCAUCAGACGCAGAUUUGAUCGCAGAGCAUCAGAUAUGGGCAGCAGUGGAUCCAAAUGCAAAGAAUGAAGCUUUCAAUUGCAGCAAUGGGGAUGUGUUCAAGUGGAAGCAUUUGUGGCAUGUUUUGGCAGAGAAGUUUGAGAUUGAGAAUUAUGGGUUUGAAGAGAAGAGUCUGAGCUUAACUGAGAAGAUGAAAGACAUGGGGCCUGUGUGGGAUGAGAUUGUGAAAGAGAAGAAGUUGGUGGGUACAAGAUUGGAGGAAGUUGCAGCCUGGUGGAUUGCUGAUAUGAUUCAUGGAGCUUCAUACUUGGACACUAUGAACAAGAGCAAAGAACAUGGAUUUGUGGGGUUUAGAAACUCCACAACUUCUUUUGGUCAUUGGAUUGAUAAACUGAAAGCUCACAAAAUAGUUCCUUGAUUUCAUGGUAAGCACCCUGAAACAUAUUCCUAUUUGAUAUUAUUUGUGUAGUGCACUGUAAUACUAUGAAUCGUUGUUGCUGUUGUAAUGGAUUGAAGAGAUUAUAGUGAAAUCUUAUGUGAAAUUGGACCAUGAAUAUGCAGCUUAAGUCCCUCACAAAAAUCGCCGUGAGGAAGGAUAAGAAGCUGAGUUGUAAUGAACAUCGAUUGAGUAAAAUUUUAAUUUUAAAUUUA